UGGUUGCAUCUUCCUACCAUAGUUAAGAGUCAAGAGCAGCCACCACAGCUGGUAAAGGCUCUGCCAGGUCAUCUCCACCAAGAACUUUUCCACCUGCCUCAAUUCUUGGGAGCACCAAUCACAGUUCAUUUACUUGUGAUAAAAAUCCCACAGUUUAUUCAGAGUCCAGCAUUACUCCUGCAAUACUACGACCAAACUACUACUUACUACUACUAUUACUACUACGAACAACAACAACCAUUAUUUACAGGACAAUUACUGUAUUCUAAGAAACACCUAUAUCAUCAAAACAACACUACAACCCUGCAAGGACCAAAUAAUUUCUGGAGUUCUAGGAAAUGGUAUCUCAAAAUUGUACAGAAUACCUUCUUCCCUGAAGAUCCCAGAACAUUAAGACAUCACUCUAUCAGAAGGCAUACAUCAGCAUCAUUGGAAGAGUCCAGCCCCAUGGAGAGAAGCCAGACAGAAGCCCCGAAGGCCAAACUCCUCUACCAGGAGGUGUGCUUGGCAGCUCAGCAACUUGACCUUUUCCUUCAAAAGAGAAAUGCCCACAAAGAGGUAUUCAAACCGCACAUCCUGGCCCUCAGAGAUAUAGUUCAGCAAGCUUGCAUUAAACUCAUGUUCUUAUACCCAGUGGCUUAUGGGAGGAAGGCAGAAGAGCUGUUAUGGAGGAAAAUGUACUCUGAUGUUGUCAUGCUGCUAAUGAAGGACAACAGAAAACACACGCACACUUUUAAACACUGGGAAGGCCCCUUGCAAGCUCACCUGAAAGGUGGCCUUAAAUUCUAUGAGCAUCUCUUCCUGUUCCUCCAGGGUCACUAUGAACUGAGGUUACAGAGUUGUAUAGAUUGGCCUCACAGUGCAAUCCACUUGAUUGGCUGUAAGAAGGUAGGGCCCACAUCAGAGGAAGAGGUCACCUGGGCUCGAAUGGCCUGCCAUCGCUGCCUGCUCUAUUUGGGAGACUUGUUCCGAUAUCAGAAUGAGUUCCUAGACCUGGCCACUAAGGACUUGGCAGAGAGAUGCUAUUACAGAGCCCUGUCAGUGGCCCCGCGUAUGGGAAUGCCCUUCAACCAGCUGGGAGCUCUCAUGGGGAGCAAGUACUAUAAUGUUGAAGCCACAUACUUCUAUCAGUGCUGUCUCCACUCAGAAGUACCUUUUAAAGGGGCAGCUUGGAACCUCAAACAGCUCUAUGAUCAUGCAGGGAAGAGGUACAGCAGUCUGAAGAGGUACCAGGGAAAGAAACUAUCUCGAAGCCAGAGGCAGUGUUGGGAUAACAAGAGGCUGCUGGUUAGCUUCCUCUAUCUUCAGAGCCUCCUGCAGCCUCAGAAGAAAUUCAGAGUGGCCAGGUUGAUAGCCCUGUGCCAGCUGGUUCUGGAAGACUUUCGUCUCUGUCUGUCUUAUCGGCUGAGUCCACCUAACCCGUGCCAAGUUUCCACACAGGGAAAGCCCCCCAAAGGCUAUCUGUUUCUCCCAGACCUCCUCAUCUUCCAAAUGGUGGUACUUUGCCUCAUGAAUGUGCAUGGUCUGAGGAAAACAGGCUCAAAGCAGCAUAAGCCAGCUGUCAUCUUCACCCUGACCCUCUUCUCUCAUCUAAUUCAACAUGUGAAUGCACGGAUCCAAGCUGAACUCCAGAAAGGGAAGCUGACUCUAGACCUGGCUGCCCCCAGGGCUGGAAACCAGGAAAAAGAGCCUGGGAAGGGUCAACAAGACUUUCCAACCCUGAGGCCCCACCACAGAAGAUCCCAGAAAAGCCAUCCGUGGUCCUGUGUUUGUAGUGAGGGUUACAGCUCCGAGGCUGGUUUUCAUUCCUGCUGUGACUCUGAUGAGACAGAAGAUGAGGAAAGCACCUCCUUGAGUUCACAGGUCCACUCUGAAACAGACAGUGAAACUUCUCAUUCGGAUAUAGCUGAUGAAGGAGGGAGUGGAUCCCUGCACUCAGAAGCAGUGCAGGAAAGCGAGACCAUAUCCAAAUACAAGACUGCCAGUCCCAGGGAUGAAAUUCCCAGUAGUCUCCUCUGUCUCUUGAAAACAACUAUGCCUGCUAAGCUGCCAGCUCCAUUGAGCCAAAAGCUGCCAGGAGGACCUGGCUUGCACCUGGCCCCUGCCUUUAGUCGCAGUGCCCUGAAGCUUCAGUCUGAGCUAAGCCCUGCCUCUGGCAGUAGCUCUGGCUUUGAGGAGGAUAUAAGCAGCUUUCCUGAGACUGAGUGGCACACUGGUUCGUAUGUGGGGCAGAGUGCCUCCCUUGACCAGUCUUACACAAGUCUCCAGACCAUUCAAAGGAAAUUUAAGGUUCUCUCUGCAGAGGGACUGCUUCCCACCAUCAAGGUGAUCCUGGGCUGGCUCUGCACCAACCAUGCCCUCCUCACCUCCCAUUGGCGGAGUUCUCUUAGCCUGUGGGACCACCUGUGUGUGCUGCUGAACCUGCUGCCCUCGGUGGGUGACCUUCAGCAACCAGACCUGGGCCUGUCCCACCAUCUCCAUGAUUUGCUGCAGAGCCGUACAGGCCCACACACCUCCAGAUUCCUGCAUCUCCCUGAGGACAUUGCCCUGUUCCAGCUCUGUCCAAUGCAGGCUUCCCUGGAGACAGUGGGAUUAGAGAAGGACCCACCUCCACUCAGUAACCAGGAUGAAGCUGCCCUGCGCAUCUGUUUCCUGAGAAGUUUUGGCCACUUUGCAACCAAACUCCCAGAACAGUUCCUGAGGUUCGACUCUAAGUUGGGUGUGUUUGUGAGCAGUACACCUGGAGGACUAGAAAAUCCAUCUCGGCAGCUUCCUGAGAGAACUUCCAGGAUCAGGUUUUCCAAAGACAUAGUCCAGCUCUGGCUUCAGCGUGAAGUGGUGUUGCUAGAGAAGACCCUCAGGGGUCCCCAGACUCGGUCAGCUUUGACCUCUUACCUAUUUCCUGAUCCGAGGGCCCUGUGUGGGCAUCUUCCAGUUAUCCAGCAGCUUGCCACAAGUGGUAAGUUUUUCCUCAUCAUACCAAAACUUGUGGUUGACACACUGUAUGUCCUGAGAAGGGAAGAUCGAAAGGUCUUGGCAGCCAUCACCUUCCUAGAAGGUGAACUGAAGAGAGGGAACCAGAACAUUCUGUGCCAGUCCUUUGUGUCUGAGAGGUUGUUGAGGCCCAGGAUGAUCAGGCCAGAUUCUGAUGCCUGGGACCUCUUUAAUAUUCUCGACUUCUGCAAAAGUCUGCUGGAUUCAUCCAGGCCAGGGACACCUGAUCCUAGCAGCAUGGUGACUAUCAUCACUGGCAUCUGUUUGGACAACCCGAGGAAUUUCUCGUACCCCCUGCAGCUGGUGCUGGGGACAGCAACCGAAGCAGGUGUGGAAAUCAAGAACAUCCUGCACUUCCACAGAGAGUGGAAGGCAAUCAGCUGACAUGGCCAUCUCUCUCUCCUUCCUCCUCCUUCAGCAUUUAUGGAUCAUAAUUCCAUGUGUUUCUCUCCUGUAAGCACCUAAUGUUAAGGUAGAUAUUGUGUGAGUGGAUAUCUGUGUCUACCCCUAGGUAAAGGUUUAGUUUACCAGCUUCCAGAGGCCUUCUUAUUUCUGUUUUUUAUCAUCUGGGCUUGAUACCAUGUUCUCUUUCUGAAAAUCUCAAGAUUGCCUCAGCUCUUAGUGUUCUUAGGGUAAAGCAACAGCUUCAGGACUUACUCCCAAGAGCACACUUAGCUCUGUGAACGUUCUAAUUUGCUUAGCUUUGUAUUGUGACUUGGAACUUUUAAUGUUGUUUUUAUGAUGGAACUGUGCCUUCGAUUGUAGGUAGGCCUCUGUCAUCUCUGAAAACUCAAUAAAUAUAAAACUAAAAUUCAUGACUGUGGUGAAGGAUUUUAUUGCAGUUUCUGGUCAUGGCUUCCUUAUUCUAUGCUUGGUUUAGAUUUUUCACUUUUGGGUAGA